AUGGCAGCAACAGGCACUCCCGCUCAACAGACAGAAGAGACACCUUGGCAUGCUGCAUUGCCAGCUCCAAAGCUCAAGGCCAAUACUAUCUCCCGCACGGAAGUAAUCCAAUGGCUCCCUAGCAAACCCGCACCGCUAGACUUCGUGCUGGUUGAUGUGCGCCGAGCAGACCACGAGGGAGGCACCAUUUCGGGGUCGAUCAACCUCCCCGCGCAAAGCUUCUACCCCUCCAUCCCCACGGUUUAUGCCAUCUUUAAGCAGGCGAAUGUGAAGAAGGUGAUUUUCUACUGCGGGUCAUCAAAGGGCCGCGGAACCCGUGCUGGGGGAUGGUUGGCUGACUACCUCGCGGAGCACGACUCCACGGGGAUGCAGAGUUUGGUCCUGGAAGGUGGGAUCAAGGGCUGGGUGACGGCAGGGGAAGAAUGGUUACGACGAGGCGGUCUGGAAGAAGUUGGGGGUGCUUUAGCGAAAUCUUUGAAGCCAUAG